AUGGGAGAACCAAAGAGAAUUGUUGCAACCCAUGGAAUGAGAUGCUUUUCCAAGAUAAAGAUGUUUCUGUUGGCAUUAUUAGGAGCAUAUUUAUCCAAAUCACUAUCAGGAAUUUAUAUGAAUUCCAUGCUCACACAAAUAGAGAGACAGUUCAAUAUUCCCACAUCUAUCGUUGGGUUGAUCAAUGGGAGCUUUGAGAUUGGAAACCUAUUGUUGAUUAUAUUUGUGAGUUAUUUUGGAACGAAACUGCACAGGCCUAUCAUGAUUGGCAUUGGAUGUGUGGUUAUGGGCCUAGGGUGUUUCUUAAUAUCACUACCUCAUUUCCUGAUGGGCCGAUACGAAUAUGAGAAAACGAUUUCACCUGCAAGCAACUUGUCCUCAAACAGCUUCUUGUGUUCAGGAAACAGAACCAAGACAUUAACACCAACGCCAGACCCAGCAGAAUGUGCAAAAGAAAUUAAAUCCUCAAUGUGGAUAUAUGUAAUGGUAGGAAAUCUUAUCCGUGGAAUUGGUGAAACUCCCAUCAUGCCCUUGGGUAUUUCCUACAUAGAAGAUUUUGCCAAAUCUGAAAACUCCCCUUUAUACAUUGGGAUUUUAGAAUCAGGGAAGAUUUUUGGCCCUUUGAUUGGACUCUUCUUGGCAUCCUUCUGUGCAACCAUUUAUGUAGACACUGGGUCUGUGAAUACAGAUGACCUGACCAUAACUCCCACGGAUACACGCUGGGUCGGUGCUUGGUGGAUCGGCUUUUUGAUCUGUGCCGGAGUGAAUAUCCUCACCAGCAUCCCCUUUUUCUUUCUUCCUAAAACACUCUCAAAAUAUGAGCUAGAUGAUAAUGUGGAUGUGACUAAAAGUGACAAAGAAGAGAAACACCUAGAGAAAGCCAACAAGAAAAAACGUGGACUCACUAAAGAUUUCUUACCAUUCAUGAGAAGCCUCUCCUGCAAUUCAGUUUACAUGCUUUUCUUGCUAGUAACUGUGAUCCAGAUGAAUGCAUUUGUCCCUUUACUUACCUUCCUGCCAAAAUACCUGGAACAGCAAUAUGGAAAAUCAACUGCAGAGAUAAUCUUUCUUAUAGGUGCUUAUAACUUCACUCCAGUAUGCAUUGGAUAUUUAGUUAGUGGCUUGAUUAUGAAGAAGUUCAAGAUUACUGUCAAGAAAGCUGCAUACAUAGCGUUCUGCCUGUCCCUGACUGAGUAUCUUCUAUCUUUCUUUAACUUUAUGUUGACCUGUGAUAAUUUCCCAGUUGCUGGCUUAACUGCAUCCUAUCAACAUGAACGAAUUCAGCAGCCAUUAUAUGUGGAGAAUAAGGUCCUUGAUGACUGCAACACAAGGUGUAACUGCUUAACUAAAACGUGGGAUCCAGUGUGUGGAGACAGUGGCCUAGCAUACAUGUCAGCCUGCCAUGCAGGCUGUGAGAAGUCUGUUGGAACAGGAAUCAACAUGGUGUUUCAAAACUGCACCUGCAUUCGGCCUUCAGGAAACUCAUCUGCAGUCCUUGGGCUGUGUAACAAAGGUCCUGGCUGUACUGUCAAGCUGCAGUACUAUUUCAUCAUGACAAUGAUUACCAGUUUCAUCUUCUCAUUAGCAGCCAUACCUGGGUAUAUGGUUCUUCUGAGGUGUAUCAAGUCUGAAGAGAAAUCUCUUGGAGUCGGAUUACAUGCAUUUUUCAUGAGAGUAUUUGCUGGCAUUCCGGCACCUAUUUACUUUGGUGCCUUGAUAGACACGACCUGUUUAUAUUGGGGCACUCUGAAAUGUGGAGAGCAAGGAGCAUGCAGAAUGUAUGAUAUAAAUAACUUCAGGCGCGUUUACCUUGGGUUGCCAGCAGCUCUAAGAGGAUCAAGUUACCUCCCUGCAUUCUUCAUUGUAUUACUUGUGAGGAAGCUCCAAUUCCCUGAGGAAGUUGACUCUGCAGAGCUGAAAGUUGCAGAGGUGAAGCUCACAGAGAAGGAAAGCGGGUGCAUGGUUGUGCACAGAAGUCCUGUUGUUGAGAACAACAGAGAACUGAAAACAAGGCUGUAAUGGGAUUAUUGUUCUGCAUAAAUACAUGGACAGAGUGUGAUUUUGGUUUCUCUUGAACCAUGAGAAUUACUAUAGGAA